UUUGGUUUAGUCAUUGUUGUUGAGUAAGCCGUUUAAAACUAUGUCCGCUGGUCCUCAUGUUCUCCCUCCUCUCCCUUGGGCUGAAGAUGCCUUGGAGCCCCACAUGUCUGCUGAGACUAUUCAGUACCACUAUGGCAAGCAUCAUGCUACUUAUGUCGCUAAUCUCAACAAGAUCUGCGCUGAAGAUGGUGAAGUUGCCAAGAUGUCCAUGGAGGAAAUUAUCAAGACCAAGAGUGGUGGAGUGUUCAACCAGGCUGCUCAGGCAUGGAACCACACUUUCUUCUGGAACAGUCUAUCUCCUAAUGGCGGUAACGCUCCCACUGGGAAGAUAGCUGAUCUUAUCAACAGAGAUUUCGGCAGCUUUGAGGAGUUUAAGAAGCAGUUCACCGCUGCUGCUGUUGGUCACUUCGGCAGUGGUUGGGCAUGGCUUGUUGCUGAUAAUGGCAAACUUAAAGUUGUUCAAGGUCAUGAUGCUGGCUGUCCUCUGAGGGACGGUCAAACUCCAAUUAUCAACUGUGAUGUAUGGGAGCAUGCAUACUACAUUGACUAUAGGAACGCUAGACCGAAAUACGUCGAGCAUUUCUGGCAGAUCAUCAACUGGGACUUUGCCAACAAGAAUGUCACCGCGGCCGGCAUGUAAAGAGUCUUUAGUUGAGACGAGUGCUUCGGAGGAGCAUAUUACGUCUCCCGUUAUUUCUCAUUCUACUCGUGUGAGUAGUUCCAGUAAAUGAUGGAGCAAUCUGGUAGAGAGUUAUUUAUUAUC